GUCGGUCAUGGUUUGAGACCAGGCGGAAAGUGCCUUAAUAAUGGGGGAAUCUAGCUGAAAAGUGAGAAGUGGGGGAAAGGGAGGAGUGGAUAAUCAGAAGGAGGAGUUCAAAAAGCGAUGUGGCAAUCAGUGUAUCUUCAUGUAUUUACACUUGAAGGUUGUGAUUCAGAUGAUGUACAUCAGUGCAGACAAAAGAUGACUUGUUCAUGCGUGACUGGGAUGCCUGGUCGUUGCAUGCAAUGGUUCAAAGCACGUUUCAGUAAGAGGAAACUUCAUCCUACUGGGCUGCCCUGCUGCCUGAGGCCCAAUCCACUGGUUCCCUACGAGGCAACCACCAUAACCAUCCAUCCAUCCAUCCGUGAUUCAUCCAUCAACUCGAAAAGACGCUUCCUUUUCUCCCUCGACCACUGUCACAAUUCUGCCCGGCACUUGACCGAUCCUGCGGGCUUCCAUUGCCUGGCUCACAUUUAAUUACCAGGUGCGGUGCUGCUUACAGGAGAAUCGAGCCCCUGGCCGAAGACUUCGAAUUUCAGAACACGGCCAUGACUCCUCUCAUACCUGACGAUCUUCUUUUCGAACCCCCUCUUCCAUCCACCAAAGCUUGUCAAAUCAACACCUUCGAGUCGGAUGUCUCGUCUCGCAUGGCAACUCGUACACUACCG